AUGACAGUAUUGAUAAUUACCCUGAUCCAGGAGCACAUCAAGUCCAACCCCGUUGUUGCUAGUCCGAGCCUGGUCACCUCAGCCGCACUCGCAGGAGGUCCAGCCAAACCUCACAAGGUCAUCAAGAAAGCUCCGGUCAUCUCCAAAGCGGACAGCGAUGGAGCAGCUGACCAUAAGAAGGACCCAGGAGACUCUUCGUCCUCGUCUUCACUGAAGCCGUCUGGAGACAAAUCAGCUGCGAAGUCUUCGUCGCUGGACGCUGCGCCUCCUCCCUCCUCUUCCUCCUCCUCCUCUCUGCGUCCUGCGGUGGAAGCCUUCAUGAAGCAGUUACCCAGAAUCCUCCCUCGGAGCUCCCUCCCCGAUAAGACGGCGCCGCUGUCGGUGCGCUCCUCUCCGCCCUCGCUGGUUCCCAAAGACGCCCGGCGGUGGCGGGCCGGCUCGGACCGGAGGCCUGCCACCCGCCAACAGCGGGCAUAA